CUCCUAGCAACGGAAUUUGAAUACACACGCACCAUGCAAAAUGAUUAGAUCGUGAUUCUUUGAAAUUGUGUUAUUGUUUUAAUUUGUUCGAAAGCACUUGCUUGUGUUUUCUCAUUAUAAUUGACCUGCUGUAUAUAUUUUUUAAAUUUAUCUGAUACCAUGCUGAUACACUUUCUAUAUUGACCAUAUAUGUUUAUUUUGUAUAUCUUGUGGUUAUACAUUAAUUAAUGUACCGAUCAAGUAGCAAUGUAUGAUGAAAGUAUCGAUGUCUCAGAUGCCGAGGAGGUGGCUACUCCUCCUUCUUCAGUUAGUGGUUCUCGUAGACAGGAGAAAAGUGUUAAUCAUGAAAAAGUAAUUAAUAACACAGCUACAAUAAGACGUCAUAGUAUGGUUGGAGACGGCAACCACAGACCAGGUAGUUCAGAUCGGUCUGACAACACUGAUGAUGAUGAUGAAGAUGAUGAUGAUGUCAAGGCUGCACAUCUUGAAGGAUCCUAUGACCCACAAGAAUUUGCACACCUCCCUGUUACCUCAGAGGUCAAAGAACUGUUUCAGAACAUUACCAGGUACACACCCCAGAAAAUAGAUCUUGACUUUAAACUACGGCCUUUUGUGCCAGAUUUUAUACCUGCUGUGGGUGAUAUUGAUGCCUUUCUGAAGGUGCAACGACCAGAUGGAAAAACUGAUGGAGUUGGAUUAAAAGUUUUAGAUGAGCCAUGUGCAGCUCAAAGUGAACCUGCUGUGCUACAUUUGCAGUUAAGAGCACUAACAAAACAAUCAUCUGCGAAAGCUGUGGUUGUGAAACAAGUGGAAGAUGCCGAAAAAAAUGGAAAAGCUAUUGAGAAGUGGAUUAAGGAUAUUAGCGACUUACAUCGCUCAAAGCCACCACCAACAGUUCACUAUUCAAGGCCUAUGCCAGAUAUUGAUAACUUAUUACAAGAGUGGCCACAUGAAAUAGAAGAAAAACUUAAUCAAUUUGGUCUACCCACUGCCCAGUUGGACACCACCUUGACGAACAGCAUUGAUAUUAUAUGUGGACUUCUGGAUAUACCUGUGUAUGAGUCAAGAAUUCAGUCCCUCCAUGUCCUGUUUUCUUUAUACAUAGCAGUAAGAAAUGCCAGAGGAAGUGAAAUAAGUUAGCUAGCAAGUUAUCAUGUCAUCAUAUAUGUCUUUAAUUAAUAAAUAAAUAACAAUAAAAUUAGGGCAGUGUAAAAACCUGUCCAGAAGUAAAAUUGUUUGAUGUAAAAAAAACAAAAA